AUGAAGUUCACAACAUCUUUUUCCAUUGCUGUCUUUGCCCUAGCAAAAUUCAUUAUGGCAGAUUCGCAAACCUUCGGCUUGGUUAGUAUUAACUCCGGUACUGAUUUGCAAUAUGCUAGUGUUUUUGUCAAUGAUGGGAAGUUGGUUUUAGGGCAUCCAACUGGUUCGGACCUUAACGGGACUAUCACUGAUGCAGGUCUUUUGAAAUUUUCAGAUGGUAAAUAUGCCGUAAUUGAGUCAGAUGGUGUUAUGAGUGAAGGAUCUGAUACUAAUGCUUCCAAAGGAUUUGAGAUCAAGGAUGGUCGUUUAACAUACAUUGGUUCGUCAAGCUUCUUUGCCAUUAAAGAUGGGAACAAUUACAAUAUUUCUACCAAGGAUGUAACUUCUUCUACAGGGUUUGUCAUCAGUCCACGUGUAGCUUCAGGUGGUGUUGCUUCUGAUUUUUCUCCAAAUGAAUCUUCAAGUAAAGUAUCAACCUCAAGUAAGGUAUCAACCACAAGUAAGGUCUCAAACUCUACAGAGAGCACCGUUUCAUCCCAUAAAACAACGACUGACAAGACAGGUUCAACCACUUCCCAUGAAGCAGAGGCAACAGACUCAAGCUCUUCUAAGCAUAGUUCAAGUACUUCUGUGUCCCAACAAACUAAAAUUGUGCAGGUAGAGCUUUGA